AUGGCCGCUCUGGUCAUCCCUGACCGCUUUGGCUUGAUGCAGCCCCAACACGGUCGACCCGUUCCCAUCCAACUCGGUCGAGUACGCCAGAUGUUCGACGUUCAGAGCGUUGCCAAAGUCCUCCCUGGACUAGUUGAAGACCUCCGAUACGGCCGAGGUGUCGUCGACGUCAGGCGGUACAUCCACCAGUCAGAGCUGGUUCAGACUGGAGAAGUCUCGCAACGAGAGAUGCGAGAAGUAUGGUCGUGCAUCCUCGCCUCGCUCAACCGUCAAGAGGGAAACGCAAGAACAAACAUCACCUUGACGGACAGGUUGGAAGAGUGCUAUAGGAUCGACCGUCAGCAGAACAUAGGCGGCCCUUCUCGCUACCCGCAGACUUUGACGUUCUUCUCCUGUCUCAGCGAAAUUUCGCAGCAAGUGCACUCCAGGUGCAUCGGUACAAUCCUGAGCACCUUCUUCAGCAAGCACGGGGAGCACAUCAGCAGGACAGACCCACGAUGUCUCCUUCAGUGGGGGGAAGCGAUCAUAUCCUCAGCGAUGACCGAAGGCGAGAUCAUGACCUGCGCACGGGAGAUGAUCUCCGGACGACCCAGCCUUCUUCGAGAAGCUCGCAACUACCAGCUCGAGUGGACACCAAACACCGAACUCUUUUUGAUGGUCGUGGCCGACCUCAUGGCCCGCAUGGAGGAAGGAGAAUUCGACUGGCCAGACCGUGGCCGAGGCAGAUGGCGAAGAGGUGCAGGCUUGCAUCCUCGAAGGGACAACUUCUAUCGCUUUCCCCGCCAGCCGUUCCGGGAUGACUUCGACUACCCUCGCGGCUUCCGCGGUCCCGCUUUUGGGGGACUGGUGGACGACAACUACCUCUUCGAUGAGCCACGGGGCUUCGGCGAGAACUACAAUCUAGGUGGAGCCGCCGUCCGGCGCGAGAUUGAGGACCUUCGCGAUGAUGUGGACGAUGUGCGGGCAGAGGUCAAGCAAAUUGGCAGAGAGGUGGCACUGGACCGCCGUGUACCUCGCGCGUUUCGCAAUGAUAUCUAUGCUGGAGGGUUGGAUGAUCUAGACGGACUCAACCUUUUCGGUGGUCGACGGCUUUUGCAUAAUCGACCUAUGUUCUGA